AUGGCAGGCACAUCCAAUAAUAUGGCAGCUUUGCAUGACUCAUUUAAAAAGUUUGCUAUGCACGGGGAUACCGCUUCAACUGGUAAUGAAAUGAAUGGGAAAAACUGGUCCAAACUCUGCAAAGACUGCAAAGUCAUCGAUGGCAAAACAGUAACUUCAACAGAUGUGGACAUUCUGUUUUCGAAAGUAAAAUCAAAGUCAGCACGAGUAAUCACCUUUGAAGAGUUUAAAAUGGCACUGGCAGAACUUGCUCCAAAGAGAUUUAAGGGCAAAAGUCAAGAGGAGGCACUGGCAUCAAUUUAUGCCCUGAUUGCUGGAAAAGAUCCAACUAAUGCUGGAGUGACAGUUGCAUAUAAAGGAGGUGGUGUUGACAGACUAACAGACACCUCCAAGUAUACUGGAACCCACAAAGAACGCUUCGAUGAAAGUGGCAAAGGCAAAGGGCUAAGUGGCAGGGAAGACAUAGCUGAAAAUACAGGAUAUGUUGCGAAUUACAAAGGAGCUGGAACGUAUGAUGAAAAAGUGCGAAAAUAA